AUGGGCGCUGGCGCCAGCGCUGCGGCGAGCGAGGCCGUCAGCCUCCCCGUGGCCAAGGCCUUGAAGCGGGUGGAGCUUUCGGAGUAUUUCUCGGGGCCCUACUUGGAAGGCAAGCUCUACAGCGGAUCGGACUACUCCAGAGACCUGGCUGGCGAUGCGCAGACCUUCAAGUACGAGGCACCGGAUGGCCCGGUCCACGUGUGGCAGUUUGCCUUUGAUGCACGCGAUCUUCACACAAGUGGCGACGAUGAUUUCGUCGUCCUGUAUCACUACUGCAACGAGCUCGCAUUCACCAACAUCUGCAAUGAGCAGCAAACCGCCGCAGAGCUCUUCGCGUCCUUGGUCGACACGAGGGCCCACUUCGGCAAGGGCAUCUAUGCCACCCGGCACGAGCCAAGUGUGUGGGGGUCGCGCACCCGCGUGCUCUUGAACAACUACAGCAAUGGCAGCCCGCUGUGCGACGCCAAUGGCGAGGAGGCCCGCCGCGUGCUCCGAGAAUGGGGCGACGAGAACCCUUCCGGCCACCGCGCGGCGUUCUGCCUGCCAAUCCUGGCUCCCAAGGCCAUGGCCUACAACAUCUUCGAGCAGUUGACGCCGGACAUGUCCAGCAAGCUGGUCCACGAUCCGGACACCGGCACGGAACGCCCUGUGAAAUUGGGCGAGGACUACAAGGGCCGGGCCGUCGACCCGGCGCGCGACGUCUGGGUCGUGCGGGUGGUGGACGAUGCCGGGGCGGUCCAGAACGCGUCGGCCGAAACCGAUGGGCUCCUCCAGCUGAUGCGGCGCCGCCUCGCCCUUCUCCGGGGCGACAAGGGCGACACCGACAUGGACACCCUGGCUUGCAUGCAUGAGCUGGCUUCCAGGUUGCAAGCACGUGGACAACACGACGAGGCGGAGCAGCUCAACCGGGAGUGCCUGACCGAACGCCGAUCGAAGCUGGGCGACCAACAUCCUCACACGCUGAUCUCGAUCAACAACCUCGCCGGGCUGUUGGAGGUCGACGCCCCGUGUGGCUCUGAACACGCCCUACACUCUCCCGCUCGAAGCCGCUUGGAGGAGGCGGAGCCCCUGUAUCGCGAGGCCUUGGAGGCUCGCCGAUCGAAGCUGGGCGACCAACAUCCUGACACGCUGAUCUCGAUCAACAACCUCGCCGCGCUGCUGGAGGCUCGCGGCCGCUUGGAGGAGGCGGAGCCCCUGUAUCGCGAGGCCUUGAAGGCUCGCCGAUCGAAGCUGGGCGACCAACAUCCUGACACGCUGAUCUCGAUCAACAACCUCGCCGCGCUGCUGAAGGCUCACGGCCGCUUGGAGGAGGCGGAGCCCCUGUAUCGCGAGGCCCUGGAGGGCAGCAGGACAACACUGGGCGGCUCGCAUCCGCAUACGUUGGUCAGCGUCUACAACCUUGCCUGCCUACUGGAGACGAUUGGCCAACACGACGAGGCGGAGAAGCUCUACCGUGAGGAACUGGAACAAUGCCGGGCGAAGUUUGGAGCCACGCACGAGGAAACCUUGAGCUCCACCCAGAACCUCGCGAGGUUUCUGCAGGAGCGAGGAAAGGAGUCCAAGCUCGCCGAGCUCCUCGAGCAGUUACCGCCGUGA